ACCCACAUUAUAAAAGGUAUGGACGACGACGAGUUGAUCGCCUUAUUCCAAGCAAUAGGCUUGAAAGAACAACGCGCAAGGGAUACCGCUAAAAAUAAAAAGUUAGCAUUAGCUUUACAGAACACGAUCUCUGAAGCUGGUUUUACUCGGAAUGGUUGCGAUAAAUCAAUCGGCGAUCUUCUUUAUACACUUGCUUCUACUGUGAGUAAGGACGCAUCUGCUCACUUGGGUUACCUUGCUCGAGCUAUCAGUGAUAACAGACUUACUAGCUCAGAUCAGGUUGCCGCUGCUAUAAAAUUUGCUGAAACUGCCAAUGAAGAAAUUAAUGACGAAGAAUUCAACCAAGCUUGUGGUGUUGAUCAAAUAACUGCUGCAAUUGCAUCACAUUUGGAGGCUAAUAAGGAUGCCCUUAUUUCGGAAAGAUAUAAAUUACUUGGACCAUUACUCGCUCAGGCACGCCAGAUUCCUGAAUUGCGUUGGGCCAAUGGUGUCGCCGUAAAAAAUGAACUUGAAAAGCAAGUAAUCGCAAUAAUCGGACCAAAGGAUGAAAGAGAUGUGACUGUUAAAGGAAAA